CGAAACUACAGGAUGAUCAAGAUAAUAAUUGGGACGAGUAUUUACAAACAGUUGUUUUUGCCUAUAAUACAGGUGUUCACAAAACGACUAAAUAUUCCCCUUUUGAGUUAUUAUACGGUCGCGCUGCUCGUUUACCUAUUAGCAUUCGUCCUACGAGUUUCUCUUUCUCACAGCCGAAUGACUAUUUUCAGCAGUUGCAGAAAACGUUACGUAUUUUUCAUCGAGCUACUCGGUAUAACGUUCUUAUGCAUCAGCAUUAUACUAAACAAGCCUAUGAUCGUAAUCGCAGUGAUCCUCAUUAUUCUCUUGAUGACUUAGUUCUGACCAGAAUUCAUGGAGCUCGAGGGAAACUCGACCCUCGAUUUUCAUCCAUUCCGAAACGGAUUACUGCUGUGAAUCAUCCGACGUACGUAGUGCAAGAUAUCGAAACUGACAUAAUUUCUCGUGUACAUGUUAACGAUAUCCGCCCAUUACUAGUAGAAUGA